AUGCGCCGGCUGACACUCCAGGGAACUCGGUGGCAUCCGCAUGCGCUCACAACAUGCCUCCCCCGUCGCGCUCCGUCGUCUCUCACCCUCCCUCGACCCUUUUCCGGUACACAAAUAUCCUACUUGCGCGAUGGAAAGCCAAAAGUGUCCGUCCGUAACUUUGAAAAGUCGAUUACCAACAGCAAGGAAUAUUUUGAGGUCGAUCCAGAUACACCGGAUGUAGUAGAACAUCGCAAAGCGAGAGAGAAACUAAAGAAGCUGGAAACUGAAUUAGAUGCCCUUAAGGAGGGACCUUUCGCUCUAGAUGGCGAGUUUAUGAGGAGCUUGUCUGAGGAGGAUAGAAAAAGGGCACUGGGAGCUAUCACAAAAUAUGCCGCCGAACACAAUUGGGAAGAGGAAGAUCGGAGGGACGAACUGCUCAAGAAUCGCAUGACGGCAGAGUUUGAUCAAGCGAUAAAUAAAGAAUUGGAGAGGCUAGAGGCGGAGGAGGAAGAGUUAUGGGAUCCUACCAAGGAACUGUCUGGCUCGACCAAAACCACGGAGCCCGUCGAGCAGCAAAGGGAAUCCUAUGAGGUUGAAUUGAAAGUUCCAGAGAGUCAUCAUGUCUAUGUCACAAGGUUCAAUAAGGCUUUGAAGUCAUUAAAAGGCACUCCGAGUCUUGCAGAGAAACAAUUCGCCUGGAAAUCGUAUCGCCGGUGUAAAGAAGCUCUUCCAUUCUUCCUUGAUAUCGCCCCAGAAGAGUCGAUAUCCAUGCUCUGGAAAUCACAGCGUUCAAGCUCAAAUACAACCGAAAAGAUACCUCUUAGUCACCUUAUUACUCUCGCCGAGGAUUUACUUAGCAGUGGGCGAAUUCUCGAGGCGGAGCAAUGGGCUGAUUAUAUGGAUGCUCUUCUCAUGGACGGGCAGCAGGAAAAGGCCCUCGCGCUCUGGAGAGAAAGGGAACCAGACUUGAACGAAUACACGCCCUAUGAGAAAAAGGAGUAUUGGAAUAUGGGAGUUCGCUUGUUUGUGGCCAAUAUGAACCCCAAAAGCGCUCAAGAUGCUGCAUUAUUAUGCAUAUCCCUGGACCCGUCCCACAGCCCCCGGAUUCUUAUUCCAGUUAUAAAUUGCUGGGCUCAGAGUGGCGAUCCUGAAAGUGAUGUCCGUGCCUGGACAUUAUACCUACACUUCAAGACAAGCCUGGGAACAGGAAUUACAAUGUCCGACUACGAUGCAAUAAGCGUUGGAUUCCUCAAUUCUGGCAAAGUCAAUAUGGCCUUGGCUGUCUUUAAAGAUAUGAUGCUUACAGACCAGAACUCGUCCACUGAGUCGGAUGCUCUUUACAAGGCAUCAUUAGGGCUUGUUGGAAAGCUCCAAUCCGACAGUAUCAACGAGUCGGAUGUCAAUAAGAUAUCGCUUGCAUCUUUAACAAUUCUUCCCCGGAAAUUUCAAAACAAGUUCUUCUACGCCAGCUGGAUCAAAAAGCUCAUUGGAAUGAAAGAGCUUGAUGCAGCGGCUAAAGUUGUUGAGCUUAUGUAUGAGCGAGGGGUGAAACCUGAUGCUAAACAUCUCAACGGCCUGAUCGGAGCAUGGCUUCGUGAAGGAAGCGGCUCUAGUAGACAAAAAGCGGAGGAACUUGGAUGGGCUAUGGUCAGAAAACGAGUCGAUCGUAUUUGUGGUAAUCAGCCAGAGAAAUCAUCUGUCAACGGCUAUUUACCAGAGGGAGCUACACCGGAGUAUGAACAACGGACUCUUCCUGACGCUACUAUCGAGACGUUUUCCAUUCUCUUGUUGCAUUAUACACGGAGAGAUAAGGAUGCGCUGAUAAAUCAUCUAGUGGAGUGCCUUGAUAAAGCCCAAAUUCGACCAAACACGUUCUUCGCCAACCAUCUUCUAUAUAGGGAGUUAAGGAAGCAGAAUAUAUUGGGCGUUUGGUCUGGAUAUAAGAGCACCAUGGCAAACAUCAGGCCUGAUCUUGAAACGUUUGCUUGCCUCUGGGAUUGUGGGAAAAUUCAGUAUGACAGGACACGCUCUUGUUUCAAUGCACAAUUCCCCAAUGCCCGCGCUUUAUACUCUGAAAUGAAUCAGUGGUAUUCAAACUUACCACCGCAACUCCAGAAAAAUACCCAAGAUGCAUUCUCGAAGGACCUCUAUGAUCAUAUUAUUCGAUGCUUCUGUCUUUCUCUUGACCCCGAAGGAACAAUCGUUGCUCUCCGUGCCAUGAAACAAACAUUUGGAUUCUUCCCUGAUGCCGAUACCGCCAGAAUCUUAGUAUUCCUUGUCGUUAGGUUGAUUCCUACUGGCGAUGAAGCAACUUUACCGAAACGACGACACAGACGUAUUUCUUCCACCCCCCGUGCGAAGGAAAACCUUCAAUAUGUCGGCAGUCUUCUUAACAAGUUGCGGGAGCAGAAGACAGUGCAAGCCGCUAAAGAGGGAAUAUACCUAGAUGAUAUGGAUCAAGAGUUCCACAUGGAGUUCGAGGUAGACCUGAUGUGUGAUCUGUUAAGACUGGUUUUACGAAGUAUGCCGAGAGACUCCGCCGAAAUUGAAGAGAGAAUACAAGCAGCAGCGCGGCAUAUGGGCGUGAGUGACCUUUACCUUGGUGAACCUCCUUCAUACGAUUCAUGA